AAAAAUCCAGGCCUACGUUGUCGGCCCAAAGUGCUGUAAGCCCCCCCACCCGGUUCUAGUUUAAUUAGCGCACUUCUCUCGUCUGGCGCUAAUUUUGUGGGACAGGCGCAGGCUGGUCCGCCGAUCAGUAGACUUUUGGUUACGUCGGCAUGAGGUGCGUUACCUUGGCAUUACUUUGUAUUCUCCAUGCCGUCUGUGGGGUGGCGGCGGCGGCACUGGAAAAUCAAACCCAACUGUGCGGCAAAUCCCCAAAGGAUGUGCUACUGACGCGUCGUGUGCGAGGUCUGGUCUUUCCGGACAAAGCCUCGCUACUGCUGACGGCUGCCCUAACCAAGAUCAUUGUGGGCGGCAGACCCAGUGGCCUGCAGUAUAGUCUGGAGUUUGAUAUGUAUGUCCCAUUGCCGGACACAAUCGAGGGUUGGCAGCCAAAGAUUCUGAAAAACUACAAACAUAAACCAGCCACAAACCGACGUUGGGAUUGGUACGCCUAUCGAAGACCAAAUAAAUAUCCGCAUACGAGUGUACAGCACAUACCGAUACAUAGCGAAGGGUAUGGAAGAGUACCAUAUUACAGGCCGAAACUCGAUGCGAAUUCAUUUUAUAAAACUCCCUGGCACUUGUCCACUACGACACCAUGGAAGAUCCAUAGACAGGCGCCGGUUGAUGAGGAGGCUUACGAGUCCUGGUCGCAUGUGCCCAGCUGGAAGUGGAAUCGCGCCUAUAGGGAGCGCAGAGCGAUAUUCGAUCAACUUGAGGCCAUGGGAAAAGUCUUCCAGUUGGACAUUAGAAGCUGCAUAAAACGGGCCAUGUGUGAGCUGAGAUCGCGGCUUAAAGGAGGCUUCCUAAUGGAGGAUCUAGUGCGGAUUAUACUCACUGUGCCCGAAGAGGUGACUGAUGACAAGUACAGACAUCGCACGUCUGUCCGGGACUGUGUCCGCUUCUAUGCCCUAAGCUGCCCGUAUCACGUUUUGGACUUCCUCACACAGAACACCAAGAAAUAUCGAACCCAGUAGUCUGUGUAACAAAUCCCAGUGGAGUGUCAUUGUGGCCGGGUAAUGCAGCGCGUCAGCUCAGUACAGUAUCCAGACCGAUCCGGCAAACACAUAUAAUAUAUAUUUUGCUUAUCAAAAUUUUCUAAAUUUAGUCCGUACAAAAACUGUUGACAUUAAAAUUGAUCUAAGCCAAAAAAAAAAAAAAAAA